AUGUCUCCCCCUGCAGCUACAGAGACGGCAACUCUACCUACUGCAACGCCUGCAAAAACCAGCGUCACUCACACCUCUGAUCCGGAGAAGAGUCUCCACACCCAGGCGUUCCCUAAACCGCCUGUCUUUGAGGACAAGUAUGAGGAACGAGAGUAUCUAAAGGGCAGACUUGCCGCUGCAUUCAGGAUCUUCGGCAAAUAUGGCUUCGACGAAGGCGUUGCGGGACAUAUCACAGUUAGGGAUCCAGUGGAUCCGUCGACGUUCUGGGUCAAUCCGUUCGGUGUGGCCUUCUCCCAGAUCAAGCGGUCGGACCUGAUUCAGGUCGACCAUGAGGGCAAUAUCAUCGGGGGUGGUCCUGUGCGGCUGCUCAACAGUGCCGCCUACAUGAUUCAUUCAGCGAUCCAUAGCGCGCGACCCGAAAUCAACUGUGCCGCACACAGUCACAGUAUCUAUGGCCGUGCCUUCUGUUCGCUGGGGAGACCGCUGGACAUCAUUUCGCAGGAUGCCUGUGCAUUCUACAAUGACCAUGUCGUCUACAAGCAGUUCAAUGGCAUCGUUCUUGCGAAGGAGGAAGGAAAGAAUAUCGCCGCAGCGCUGGGAGACAAGAAAGCGGCCCUCUUGCAGAAUCAUGGCCUGCUGACGGUGGGUCGUACGAUUGAGGAGACCAUUUUCUGGUUUGUUAGCCUGGAGAAAUGCUGCCAUGCGCAGUUGAUGGCCGAUGCGGCAGCAGCCGGCCGUGACGGACAGACGAUCAAGAUCAGUGACGAGGACGCGCAGUAUACGUACAAGGCAGUCGGCACGCCUUUUGCAGGCUGGUUCAGCGCAAAGCCACUAUUCGACGUCAUCCACGAAGAGACGAACGGGAAGUAUUUGGAGUGA